AUGUCUGAGUGCAAGGACCCUGUGUUGCUGGAGAACUCACAUGCAUCAGGGCGGAAUGCCCUGAAGCGUGUGUGUACAGGUUGUGCUGCAACAGACAAGUCCUUGCAUAGGUCUUGCAAGACCAAGGCCAAGGGAGAUGACGAAACCCCAGCAGAGCAAGAAAUGAGAGCCAACAGGUUCCGAGACUGGGCCGCAACAGAAAGGUUGGUGACUGGAUGUGCGCCUGAAGAGCUCCCGGUCCGUUGGAAGCGGGAGUUGGAGAAGCCAACGAGCGAGACGAAAACCGUCAAUGGCGAGGUCCUGUUGCGUUACUGGGCCGGAGUGGAAGACCGAUUAGGAACGAAACAUUCCAUCACCGCCGGCCGCAAACAAAGGUGCGACCUUCACUCGUCCGAGGAUUUGACUGCUUUCGGCAGUCAAGCAGAGAUGCGGCUUCAGAGGGGCGAGACGUUGCUCCGGAGCGACCGCAUGGCGGCAGACGUGAGCGGCGUCGAAAAAGAAACUCAACUUCUCCAAAUCCAACAGGAUAUGGAAGCAACGGCCCGCCAACGAAUGCUAGUUGAACAACAAUUGUUCGAAGUGGCCGAGAAAAUCGAGGAGCGAAAAAAGCUGCUGGCCUCAACCAAGCCCAAGAUCUCCUCGGCCGCUUUGGAGAAGCUCCAGUUCGAAAAUUGCAUUGGCCGAGCAAAGACCAUGAAGUUGGAGAUUGAGCAGAUGUCCGAGCAAGACCCCACCACCAUGUCCGACAUGAAGACAAGGGUGGAGAAGUUCGAAGGCAUCUACACAGGUGCCGAGAAGUACUUGGAGGAGAAGAUCGAGAAGUGCACUGCCGCCUUGGAAAGCAACCCUUCGGACACCUCCGAGGAAGCCGCCGAGCAGUGUCACCAGUACUUCAUGGAUGUUCCGGCCUUCGUCAAGGGGUUCUCAGCAACAGAUGAGGUGAAAAAGGUGAAGGAGAACUUGGGGGAUUUCAGGGCCUGGUGUGCCGAGUACAAGAAGGGCUGCAGCAAAAAGAAGCGACUGUCAGUUACUUCAGCAAACAAGGCAGCCAAGAGCCAGAAGACAGGCCAGCUGGCUCCCGGCAGCAACUCCCCACUUGGCGAGGCCGUGGCGAGCCUCUUCUGGAGCCAAGCCUUGGAAAACAUCGACGUGGAUCAGGGCGUGCAGUUUGCCGCUGCCGACUGGAUUGAGAAGGAGAACCAGGAGUGGCUGGAGUUGCCGUACUACGAGCAGCAGAAGACUUGGCUGGCUGAAAACUGGAAGAAAAGCAACGGCCCCGAGCUGUCAACCAACGUGGUUGCCAAACCGCAGCUUUGCACCAAGCUCAACAAGGAUUGGAUGAGCUGCCUUGGCAAUGCAUCCAAGCAGAUCAAGGAUGUCGCCACAGACAGCGAUUUGAAAGAGGUGUUUUCGCCAAUGUUUUGGAGCAUGGGGAAAGACACCAGCAAGAUCUACUUCACAACAAACAGACUUUGCCUUGACUGA